GAAUAUCAGCCAAUAAAGAAAGCUUAAAGCACCAUUUGGAUUUUGGAGCUCCUUUAACAUUUCCAUUUUCGGAAAAAUAUUUGUAAGAUCAUUGGCCAGCUCUGAAUAAAUUUUGCAUAUAAUUGGAAAAGAGAGAGAGAGAGAGAGAAUGGUGCUGAAGGUAGUUCAAAGUAGAAUAGACUACUUGGUUCCAAAAUCACUACUUGUGAGUUUGUGGAUCGUUUUGGCCAUUAUUACUAUCGUUCCCACAGCAGUCGAAUCAGUUAGAAUCCACCAUUACAAAUGGGAUGUAAGGUACGAAUUCAAAUCUCCUGAUUGCUUCAGAAAACCGGUCAUCACUAUCAAUGGCAGAAGCCCCGGCCCCACUAUUUCGGCUCAACAGGGUGACAAUUUGGCCAUCCACUGGCAUGGAAUCAGACAGAUUGGUUCACCAUGGUUUGAUGGAACCGAAGGAGUUACUCAGUGUCCAAUACAGCCUGGAGAAACAUUCAAGUAUCAAUUCGUAGUUGACAGGCCUGGAACAUAUCUAUAUCAUGCCCAUUAUGGGAUGCAAAGAGAUGCAGGACUAUAUGGGUCAAUUCGAGUAGCACUUCCAGAUGGAGAGUUAGAGCCCUUUGAUUAUGACUAUGAUAGAAGCAUUAUAUUAAAUGAUUGGUAUCAUAAAAGCACACAUGAAUUAUCUACUGGCUUGUCCUCCAUACCCUUUGAAUGGGUUGGUGAACCUCAGUCACUUCUAAUACAAGGAAAAGGAAAAUUCAAAUGCUCUGGUCUGACCACAGAUCCUAAAGUCUGCAACGCAUCAAAUCCUGAAUGCUCUCCUUACGUCCUUACGGCAAUCCCAGGAAAGACCUAUAGACUCAGGGUCUCCAGCUUAACUUCUCUAUCAGCCCUUAGUUUUCAAAUUGAGGGUCAUAACAUGACAGUGGUAGAAGCAGAUGGGCACUAUGUGGAGCCCUUUGUGGUAAACAAUCUCUUCAUAUACUCCGGCGAAACAUACUCCGUCCUACUAAAAACAGAUCAAAACCCAUCAAGAAACUACUGGAUCCAGACAAACAUAGUAAGCCGUCCUCCAAAGACAUCCCCCGGCUUAGCCAUUCUCAAUUACUACCCAAACCAUCCCAAGAGGUCCCCACCGAUGAGCCCACCUGUAGGCCCAAACUGGGACGAUGUUGUUCCACGCUUGGCCCAAAGUCUUUCUAUUAAAGCACGCAAAGGCUUGGGCCGGGCCCCACCCCAGACCUCAGACAGAGUCAUCGUUCUCUUGAACACUCAGAACCAAGUCGAUGGCUUCCGAAAGUGGUCCGUAAACAAUGUCUCUUUCCACCACCCCAAAACACCGUACCUCAUUUCGCUGAAAUACAACUUGACAGACCAAUUCGACCAAAACCCACCUCCAGGGUACGAUUUCGUCAAUUACGACAUCUUUACGAAUCAUAGUAACCCUAACGCGACAACAAGUAAUGGGAUCUACAGGCUCAAGUUCAAUACGACAGUGGAUAUUAUACUCCAGAACGCGAACACUAUGAACCCGAACAACAGCGAGACCCACCCGUGGCAUCUCCACGGCCAUGAUUUCUGGGUUCUCGGACACGGGUCUGGUAAGUUUAACAUCUACAAUGACACGAGGAAGUACAACUUGGUUGACCCGAUUGAGAAGAAUACAGUGCCCGUUCAUCCAUAUGGGUGGACUGCUCUGAGGUUCGUGGCUAAUAACCCGGGAACUUGGGCUUUCCAUUGCCAUAUUGAGUCUCAUUUCUACAUGGGUAUGGGAGUAGUUUUUGAGGAAGGGAUUGAAAGGGUUGGAAAAUUGCCUUCGUCGAUAUUGGGGUGUGGUGCUAGCAAGGAUCUCCGACUACCAUGAUAAGGUCCAAGUUUGGUUAAGAGAAAAGGUCCACUAGUUGAGGGGAAAAGUCACUAGAUAUUCUUUCUUAUUAUUAUUAUUUUAAUGUAUAAUGCAUAUUCUUUAGUGAAAAGAUUAAUAUAAUAAUUUUUAUCAUUCAUCGUCGAUCGACGAUGACACAUUGCACAAGAAAAUUUUAAGUCAAGAAGUUAAUGAAUGGUUGUGUCAAAUCUUCUA